AUGUUACUGAAAAAUAUUUUUGUGUUGCAGACAACUCAAUUGGACGAAGAGCAAAUUGCAAUGCUGCGGCGGGCAUUCAGCAUGUUCGAUUCCAGCAAACAAGGCAAAAUCGAGAAGGAGAAAGUACGAACAAUUCUCAAUACGAUGGUGCACAACUACGAUGAUAACGAUUUGGAUAAGAUGCUGGAUGCAGAAGAUAUUGAUGGAUCAGGCAAGCUGAAUUUCGACUCAUUUGUCCGAGUUGCGACCCACUUCUUGGAUGAAGACGACGAAGCACUACAAAAGGAGCUUAAAGAAGCCUUCAGAUUAUAUGACAAAGAAGGUAAUGGAUAUAUUCCUACAUCAAGUCUCCGCGAGAUCCUUGCAGCGUUGGACGAUCAGCUGACGUCAGACCAGCUCAAUGAAAUGAUAGCUGAAAUCGAUACAGACUCAUCAGGCACCGUGGACUUUGAUGAAUUCAUGGAAAUGAUGACUGGUGACUAA